CAGCACAGAGGCUGCCGGGUAAGCGGCGCUGGCCCGGCAGUAACAAGAUGGCUGCUCCGGGAGAAUACUUCAUCGUCGGCAGCCAGGUGUCCUGCCUGACGUGCCUGGGCCAGCAGCUGCACGGGGAGGUGGUCGCCUUCGAUUAUCAAUCCAAGAUGUUAACUUUGAAAUGUCCCUCUUCUAGUGGCAAGCCCAACCAUAACGAUGUUCUACUGAUUAAUUUAGCUUAUGUUUCGGAUGUUAAAACAAUUAAUGAUCGCACAGAAACUCCACCACCCUUAGCUUCACUGAAUGUUAGCAAGCUUGCCAACCGGGCACGGACAGAGAAGGAAGAGAAAUUAAGCCAAGCAUAUGCAAUUAGUGCUGGAGUCUCUCCAGAAGGCCAGCAGCUUUUUCAGACUAUCCAUAAGACCAUCAAGGACUGUAAAUGGCAAGAGAAGAGCAUAAUCGUCAUGGAAGAAGUUGUAAUUGUACCACCUUACCAGGUUGAGAACUGUAGAGGGAAAGAAGGAAGCGCAUUAAGUCACGUACGCAAAAUAUGUCGAUUCUAUACUGAUAAUUUAUAUCAGGGGCAACAGGGUGCUGAAUGAAUAGCUUCGUAUUAUCAAAUAUGCAACAGGCAAAGGUCGAAAAACAUUUUAGAGAUUUGGAAAAUCAGAAGUUAAUGCAGCAACGUUCACAAGCACAGCAAACACAGAAGGAAACUGCUUUGUCGUCCUGAGUGGCUUGAAUAGUCCUUUGCAGAGCCUGAUGGGGGAGGGAUGGGGAUUUUUUUUUCCUGGGAUGGGGAGGGAGUAGUCCACAUGUUUUUUCCAGGGAGAAUCUACAGUGAGCUGACAUUUCCACUUCGAGAAGAGAAUAGACUUUACAAAAAAAGCAUCCAAGACAACACUUAUUGUAACUUGACUAACCAUAAAUUACCUUUUUUCUUUGUUUGCUUUUUAAAAAAAAUAAAGUCAUAUUUUGUUAAUUUUAUUUUUUACAUGUUCAUUUGCUUUUCAUAUUGUCAUUACACUCAUUUUAGGUAGAUCCUAAAUUGCUGUCUGUGAUCUGCACAACACAACUUUUCAAACAUUUGUUAAUGCAAGAAACCAGCUGGUCAUAGUAACGGUGUUCUAAAGAGGGAAAAAGCAAAGCAAGAAGGUAAUUUAAUGCGUUAAGUGGUUGUCCCAUGUAGGAGAAAUUUCCUUUCAAGUCCUUUUCUUUUCCAGAAGCUUGUUCCCAGAAGGAAUAAGUCCAGAUUUUUUUUUAACGUCACUGAAAAGUCUUCCAGUGAAGAAUUGAGUAUCUGAUGAUGGAAGAUUUGGCUCAUGAGCUUAUAUCCUCUGACUGUGUACAGAAUAGGUUUGUCUUGCUAAGACAAUGCUUACGGAGAGAGUGGUCAUGUUAAGGAUAUAACUGUUCAUGCAGUUUUGCAUGUGUCAUGUACUGUACACUUCAUUAAAUUGGAAGAAAAAAGGUGUCGCCUGGUCUUUGCAUAAUAAAAUUAGACAGUAACAGUCAUUUAAAGUCCUUUUUAUAGGCUGGUGAAGAAUCUAUGAUAAUGUAUAUUUUUAUUCGCAGUCCCUGUCAGCACAACACUAUAAUAUAAAUUGGAGAAAUUUAAAAAACAUUUUAAAGCUGAAUCUGUUAUUGUCUUAUUUUGAUUGAAAAUAUGAAAUUAAAGAGAGUAAGAAGAAA